AUUUCUCUAUGACUCUUAUCAUAAAAACUAUCCUUAUAUGUGCCUACUCAUUUGACAACUCUUUCAUCUUUCAUCUUCCUACAAAGUCCUAUUUUUAGGGUUUCAACAUUUCCUAACAAUAUCUCUCGAUCGAUCGAGGCAACAUAUAUAAAUAUAUGGAGAUUGAGAGAUCAUCUUCGUCCACGUCAUCAGAAACCGGAGCCGUCAGGCACCGUCGUACCGCGUCGUCGUCAGUCUCCACCGUGACGAGACGAAUGUACGAGUGCACUUUCUGCAAAAGAGGUUUCACGAACGCACAAGCUUUAGGUGGUCACAUGAACAUCCAUCGACGUGACCGUCUCAACAAGGCCAAGGUGCAAAACGAUGCUGACGUGGCACUCUCACAAACUCAUAGAUGUUUCCACGUGGCGUCUGAUCGUGGAGGCUACGAGCAAGUAGACUCCGUCGUGUUGAGGACGACGACCUCGAACUACAUCCAACACUUACGAAUCGGCUCGAUGAACCUAUCGUUUGCGGCUUUGCUAAGAGCUCGACGUGAGGAAGAAAAGGCGAUGGCUUGGGAUCGUAGGAAGUUCGAUUUGGGAGAUGUUCUUAGCUUGGGAGGAGAUGGCCACAUAAAAUACGGAUCUAGAGUACACAACACUUCUCCAACAAGUGCGAGGGAACUUGUGGAAGACGAGCUCGCAGAAGCAGAGGAUGAAGCAGACGAACUUGCACCGUCGUUGAGGACUCUAUCCUCCUCAUUACUCAUCCUGUGCAAGGGUCUAUGCCACCAUCUGAAGUAAUUGCACUUGGAACAGCUAUAGAAGAGUUUGCCAGGAUUUUUUAUUGUCUUACUAAGCUGCAGGCUUGUUGGUAUGUUACAGUUCGGACACACGAAUUCCGAAAAUAAAUAUCGUCUUUCCCU